CAAAUUUAUGUAAUUUAAAAUUGAAAGUAAAACAACAACAAAAAAACACACAAAAAAAACAAAAAUGAUGUGGAAAUACAUCGUUUCAAUCAUUUUUUAUUUUAUAAUCAAUAAAUCGAAUACAUCAAUAAAUCAAUUAAACGAUAUCAUUCUAAACAAGAAAUUACCAAUCAAUAAUACAUGUAAUUCAUUCAUUGCAAAAUGUUAUUGUGAUGAAUUAUGCAUUAAAAAAUCUGAUUGUUGUAUAGAUUAUCCAUUAUAUAAUGAUAGUUUAAAUGAUAAUAAUGAUAAUAAUAUUAUAACAACAACAUGUAUUAAAAAAUUUCAUUAUGUCAUUGAUAAUCCAAAUAUUCUAGAAGAAUAUGAAGAUUUUACUGAAGAAAUUUAUGCAAUUUCAAAUUGUCCAUUCAAUACUUCAAAAGCAUUAGCAUCAAAAUGUAGUCAAGCAAAAUAUAUUAAAAUAGAAUUUAAUGAUUUAUCUAAUAUAGAUAAAAAUAAUUGGGAUCUAAUAACAAAUCAAUAUAUUUCAGGUAUUAUAUCAAAUAAUAUCUUAUUUCAUUUUAAACUAUCUGAUAUACGUGCUAUUGCACCAGUUAUAUCAUUGAAAACAAAUCGUAUCUAUGCAAAUAUUGAUUGUGCUCAAUGUCAUGGUGAAUUUAAAUCAAUACCAGGAAUAAAUUUUAAUGAUUAUUUAAAAAAAUAUUUAAAAUUUUAUACAGUGAAAAUUCGUUGUCAUUUAAUCAAUAAUCAAUAUCGAAUUUGUUUAUUAGAUACAUUAUUACCACCUAGUUAUUCACGUUCAUGUUCAUCAUUAUUACGUACUAAUAUAACACCAUUAUCAAUAAUCAAUAAACGUAUUAAAUGGCAUGAAUUUGUUGCAUUACCAUCAAAAUAUUUAGGUUUUAAUAUUAAUCUAACUAAUAAUAAUAAUAAUGAUACUAAUAAUAAUGAUAAAUCUACAAUAUUGAAAUUCAUUGAAUCUAUAUUUGAUAUUUUACAACUUAUUAUUACUAUUUUAUCAGCUAUAUGUUUAUGUAUUUUAUUAAUCAUUUAUAGUAAAACAAAAUCGAUAUAUCAAAAAUUAUCCAAUCAAUUAAUUAUGGGUUUAUCUUUAUCGAUUUUAUGUUUAUUAUUGAUUUAUUUAACAUUAUCAUUAAUUAUUGAACAAUUGAAUGUAUUCAAUCGUCAAUAUUGUGUUAUCAUAGCAUUUUUAAUACAUUAUUUCUUUUUAUGUAGUUUUAUAUGGAUGUUAAUAUUUGGUAUGAAUUUACUGAAUACAUUCGGUGGUAUUCAUACAUGUUUAUUAUGUAUUACAUAUAUUAAAUUAAAAAUAACAAAAUCAAAAGAAACUAUCAAUUCUAUAAAUCAUCAAUUUAUAUCAAAUGCUAUGCAUAGUAUGGUCAUUCAAUCAGCGAAACGUACUGGUCCCGAUUCAACGAAAAGUAUCGUCUUUUCUUCUUUACUAUCAACCAUAUUACCGUUCUGUUUUGUGAUACCGGCUAUUGUCAUCAAUGAGAAAACUUAUCCAAAUGAAUGUAUACAUGAACAGCAUGUUGCUAAAAUGUUGAAUAAUGAAGUAGAUGAAUCAAUAUGUACAAAAAGUCAAAAAAUAUUAAGUUAUUUGACACCAGGAUUUUGUCCACCAGAGGAUUGUAGAAGACCAUGGUUUACAAUAAAUGAAGCAUUUUUCUUAUGGUUUCUGGCGCCAACUACAGUUUUAUUAGCAUUCAACUGUCUUGUAUUGAUCAUUGUUGGAACUCACAUAUGGUUUCUCAGUCAAAAUGAAUUAAAUGUAUCAACAGGUAUGGGAAGUGAAUCAGGCACAAAUGAUUUUCCGAAACAAAGUAGAAAAAUGUUGAAAAUAUGUUUUAAUCUAUCCAUUAUUUUAGGAAUUGUAUGGAUAUUUCAAAUUUUAGCCAGUCUUUUACCUGAUGUUCCAUUAAUUGGACGUGCAGCUAGCUUAGUUAGUAGUGCUCAAGGAGCUGCUCUCACAUUUACAACUACUAGCAAUAUGAAAAGAAAAGCAAUGACAACAUGUGAAUGGACAAGUAUUUUCACGUUAAGUACCAGUAAUACAAGUGGUACUAAUCGAAAUUUUCGUAAUUGGAUUAGACCAGAAAAACUGAAAGCUACUUCAUCAGAUAAGCCUGACUCAAAUUUACAAUCUACAAAAUGCGACGAUAAUUAAUUUCCUUAUCAUAUUUAUCCGAUGACCAAAGUUUGAAAAUAUAAUUCAAUGUUAUUUAUCUACUUGUAAUUAUUCAGUAGCAUGAUACGACAGUAUCUCAUUUUGUGUGAUGUUUCACAUUUGCUUUCUUUUCUGUGCUAUAAUAAUUUGUGCGUAAAACAUAAUCAUUACAGUUCAUCAUAUUUUUUGCAGAACAGACAAUUGAAUUUCUGUUCUAUUAACAGGUGUUUCCAUUCAAUUAUAAUUUCAUAACAUUUACGAUUUUAUUUCCACACAAAAACCUUGUAUUACAGUUUUCAGGGUUUAAAAUUGCAAACUUACAUUUCUUUUG